AUGAAUGUGGGGGCUAUAGCUGAAAUUUCUUUGCUACCUAUUGAUGGUCUCAGUGAUCAUCAUGUUAAUGUUUUUGAUGUGGUAGUGCCUCAAGAUUUGAAUUGUGUUAUUCUAGAUAAUGUUGGUGACGGUUCACCUUUGGUUCAUGAUUCAGCGACUCCCGUUCGAGAUUACAGAGUCAACAACAACACAGCUAGUGAUGACGGGAUUGAAAAACUGCAACCCAAGAUGGUGCCUGUCUCGGCUCCACAUCCAUCUAAUCGGAGCAUCCCCAUCGGUGUCAGUGGCAAUACAGACUGGAACUUUGAUAAGAACAUAGUAAUAAUCCCAGCCAUCCUUCUUUACGCCCUAUUGUGCGCAUUAGGAUUGUACUCGCUUAUUCCAUGCGCUCUACGGUGGAGUCAACGGCUCCCGUUCGAGACUACAGAGGCAACAACAAUGCAGCUAGCAAUGACAGGAUUGAAGAAGAGUAACCUAAGGCGGAUCCCAGUGGCAACCUAUAGAUCCAACACAAAUAUAUUGACAACUGAAUGUCAGAUCUGCCUAGUUGACUUCAUCGAAGGAGAGAAGGUUCGGGUAUUGCCGAGCUGCAACCAUAUAUUCCAUGUUCGAUGCAUCGACAUAUGGCUUUCCUCGCAUUCAUCCUGCUUGACCUGCCGCCAUUCACUCCUCGAUAGAUCUGUAGCCUCUGUUUGCAUUGAUGUUAGGGAACUACCGCAGGAGAUGGACGGCAACCCACCAAUUAUAAAGGAGUAUGAUGAGGAUCGGCCCAUGGCCGUCCUGGAUGCCGCGAUUAAGAAGAAUUACAUCCCAGACGCUGCGACUAAAGAAGUUGGAGGCGUGAGCAAGCUCCAAUUAAAACAGAAGCCGGUGAUGCCGUUGAACUAG